AUGGUUCUCGUCGUGUCAAGUCUUACAGUAGUUGCUGUCUCAGGCCUUGGUGCCCCGGUUGGUGGCGCUGCGGUCAGCGCGGCAGUGUCUGCUGGAAGCACUGUUACGGGCAUCCCCGUCGUAACAAGCGUUGUUGCAUUGGGCGAAGGUGCUUUAGUCGGGAUUGGGUCCCUCGCCGGUGGCAGCAGCUCCGGUAUUGCCCUUGCUACACUGGCCGGACCCGUUGGCGCCGCGGUGGUUGGCUAUGCUGCCCUGGGAUCGGGCACUGUUGUUGCCAGCUGGGACUGCUGGAAACCCAUCGUCCGGGACCCGUCCACGCAGCCCUCGCGUGGCAUCUCGCUUGGCGACCUUGCUGCUCACCCCCACGUCGACUCAAUUGUAUGGAGCCAUGGAGGGGACCUUGUGGUGGCCAACAUCUUUGGCGAGCGCUUCCAUCGUCGCCCUGUUGACGUGGACGGAUCAUUGGCUUUUCAUGCCUCACCUCUAUACUCAUUCUGA